CUCGAUCGGGCGGUAGCGGCUGUGGGGUGUGAAGUAGAGGGGCGUCUUCAGGGUUUGGCGGUAGUGACAAUGCCAGUUCCUCGCGGGCGAGUUGGAGUCGAAGGCGACUAUCGAGUGAGACGAGCUGCCAGCCCUGGCUCAUCGUGUAGUGCCUAGUGAAACGAGAUGACGGGCUCGCGGCUGAGACCCGCGUUCUUCGUGGGCCUCUUCCUGACCCUUCUAGCCGUCGCCUUACAGGGAAGGCGAGCCUUCGACGGAAGGUGAAGCGGCAGAGGAGGACAAGCAAGAGUCGGUAGAGGAACCAGGCGAUGCAGAGAGCGUCGAACAGACUGAAGAAGAGGCCGACAAAGCAUCCGCGGAGACUGAGCAAGGCAGCGAACCUGGGGAGAGUGCCGAAGGAGGUGAGAGUGAGCAACCGGAUGAGAAGUCCGGUGAGCUGAGCAAGGAAGACUCGGUCGAACAAGCGGGAGAAGGUGAUGCAGAUUCUGGCCAAGAGGGAACUGAAGAGGACAAGAAUGAGAAAUCAUCCUCCGGCGAGGAGGCGCAGGUAGAGGAGGAAAAAUCCGAGGAGGCGGAUGCUGAGAAGUCGGAGGAGGAGUUACAAGGGGAGGCUGAGAGAUCGGAAGAAGCUCGCGGAGCUUCGGACGACGACGAGAAAUCCGAGGAGGAGAAGUCGCAGGCUGACGAUGGAGAAAAAUCCGACGAAGCCCAGGCCGAGGGAGAAUCGGCUGAACAAGCGAAAAUCGACGACGAUGAGGAGAAAUCCGACGAAGAAGCCAAGACCGAAGAGGUGAAAUCCGACGAGGACGAGGCGACCGAUUCGAAAGCGGAAGAGACGGAGGAGGCAGUUUCUGACAAGGAGGAACAAGAAGAAGAAGAAGAAGAAGAUAGCAAAGCCGAGCAGAAAGAGGAGGAAGGUGAACGAUCGGCAGAGCAACAGGUGAGCGGCGAAGAGGCGAAGGAAGAGAGUAAAGAGGGUGAGAGUGAAGCGGAAGGGCAAACGGAGGAGGGAACGGAGCAGAGCGAAGAAGCGCGAGAAGGUAAGUCUGAAGAAGGGGCUGUGAAAUCGGAGGAAGAAGAAGAAGGAGCGGGAAAGUCUGCGGAGGAGGGAACCGAGGAAGAGACCAAAUCGGCGGAGGAAGAAGGGAAAUCGAUAGAGGGGGCGAGAUCAGACGAGGAAGAAGCUGAAGACGCGGCGAAAUCGCGCGCCAGGAGAGAAGUAGGCAAAGAGGAAGGCGAGCAAGAAGAAGGUGGAGAGGAUGACGAAGGCUCGAAAGAACGAGGGGAGAGCGAGGAAGAAGAGCCUACCCCCGAGGAAGACCUGAUUCAAGAGAUAGAAAUACCUGAGAAUUUACGACCGCGCGAUCACAUUAAUCAGCUGUUGAAACUAGACGAGGAGAACGAGGAGAAGGAACGGGCUAUAGAGAAGAACGCGGACGUCAUCCUGAAGGAGUUAAAGAGGGUAUACGACAAUGCCAUCCAGCCACUGGAGUCUUUGUAUAAAUACAGAGACUUGAGCAAUAGACACUUUGGCGAUCCGGAAAUAUUCUCAAAGCCGUUAGUUCUCUUUAUGGGUCCGUGGAGCGGUGGGAAAUCUUCCAUCAUAAACUAUCUGCUCGAUAAUGAGUACAGGCAGACGUCGUUAAGGACAGGUGGUUUGAGAGAGUGCUUUGAGGAGCAAUGCAAAACGCCAAAUGGAAAUGACACAGGAGCCGAGCCAUCUCCGGCCUACUUCAAUAUUAUAAUGCACGGAGAGGAAGAGGAGAUCCUCGAUGGCACGCAGCUCGCCGCCGACUGGACAUUCUCCGGAUUACAAAAAUUCGGCCAAGGAUUGCUCGAUCGUCUUAAGGGUUUACGACUCGGCAACAAGUUACUCGAAAAAGUCAAUAUCGUCGAGAUACCAGGAAUUUUAGAAAUUCGAAAGCAAGUCCAACGUUUAUUCCCGUUUAACGACGCGUGUCAAUGGUUCAUUGACCGCGCGGACAUAAUAUUUUUAGUAUACGAUCCAUCCAAGUUGGACGUUGGGCCAGAAACAGAGGCGAUCCUUGAUCAGCUGAAAGGAAGGGAACAUCAGACACGCAUCAUUCUCAACAAGGCUGAUCAAGUGAAACCGGAGGAGCUGAUGAGAGUGCAAGGUGCUCUUAUCUGGAAUAUAUCGCCGCUGAUGUCCAGCGCUGAGCCGCCGAUAAUGUACUCCACAUCGCUGUGGUCGUUACCGUACGAAGCCGGUGCACCAACCAGAUUGCUGUAUGCUCAGGAACGUGCAUUCCUACGCGACUUGCGUACUGCCAUUGACAAACGGGUCGAGCACAAGAUAGCGAGCGCCAGAAGAUUCGCUGUACGGGUGCGCAAUCACGCUAAAAUGGUAGACUGUUACCUAACCACGUACUACAAUCACAAGACGUUCUUUGGAAAUAAGAAGGAGAUCAGCGACAAGAUCAUCGAGAACCCGCAAGAUUAUCACAUCUACGAGGGCCUGAGCACACUGAAGAACAUAUCGCGCUACGACUUGCCCGAUCCGGACGUUUACCGGGACUUCUUCCGAUUGAAUCCCCUUUACGAUUUCCCUCUGCUCAGCUCCACGUGCACGUACUUCCGCGGAUGUCCGAUCAACAGACUCGACGUUGCCAUAGCAUACGACCUGCCGGAGCUCGUCGGCAAAUACAAGAAAUCGGUGGAGCAAGUCGUACACGAGUACGAGACGAGUCCUUCUAGUUGAGUGUUACGCUCCUGCGUUCUCAAACGGAGCUCUUGAUGCCGCACACGAGGUAUGAGACGAGAGCAAAAAUCGUACAAAACAAACAGCGAAAGAACGAAAGGGAACGGACCGGUUAGUGUAAGUUUGCCAAGUUUGAAGCAGUACAGAGAGAAGUUUUCUUUCCUGAAACAGCCAAGAACAGUAGGUUUGAAUAGCCUCCA